GACACGUGACAUUCAGUCCGAGGAAGAAGGAGGUAAUCUGAAAUCACAGACUGACAGGUGAACAGGAGGGUGAGCUAUGAGGGGACAGCUCCAAAAAUCACGUUUCUCUCUGGUAAUCACCCUCCUCUGCUUGGGGAGUUUGCUCACCUCUCUCAUCUGGUACAACUAUAAUGUGGAGCCUCACCGACUGCCUCCGAAGAAAAAUCUCUCUCAGCUCUCUAAACCUUGUAAAGACUGCACGAAUUUCAUCCACAAAGCAGCAGAACGUUACUCUCUAACCUGGAAGAAGCAGGAGGACAAUUACCAAAAACUCAGAUCUAAGCUGAGCAGCGAGUGCCUUGGAUUGGACAAGGCCUUAAUUACCCAAAACAAUAAUCCAGUGGGAUCGGAGAUUGUUUACGACGGGGGAAAGAAGACUUUGCAGGUGACUCCAGAGCUUUUCAGCAUGUUUAUGAAGGAUCAGCCUUUCUCCAAUAAAACAUUGGACACUUGUGCCGUUGUUGGGAACGGUGGGAUCCUGAUCAACAGCAGCUGUGGAGAAAGGAUCGACUCGGCUCAGUUUGUCAUCAGGUGCAACCUCGCUCCAUUGGGAAAUGGAUAUGAGAAACAUGUUGGCAUCAAGACUGACUUUGUGACGGCAAACCCAAGUAUCUUCACGAAUAAGUAUGGGGCUCUGAAUGGACGCCGCCGGCCAUUUGUGGAGAGUCUAUCUAGCUAUGGAAACUCCCUGCUGCUUAUUCACGCCUUUUCCUUUAGCGCCUACACUGCUGUGUCUCUGCGGGCCUUCUACACCAUCAAGGACUUUGAGAGCCCCAUCCGACCAGUCUUCUCAAACCCAGAGUACCUCAAGAGUCUGAUCCUGUUCUGGCGCUCUCAGGGCCUGAGUGAAAAGAGACUCAGUACCGGCCUCAUCACUACCAGUCUGGCUCUGCAGCUCUGCAACAACGUUGAUCUGUAUGGAUUCUGGCCCUUCAGCAACCACCCACAAGACCUCCACCCCCUGACCAACCACUACUACGACGACAUAAAACCUAACAAAUUCCAUGUCAUGCCAGCAGAGUUUGAUCUUCUGAUGAAAUUGCACAGUCAGGGCAUCCUCAGACUUCACCUGGAAGACUGCCCAACAGGCGGAAAGUAGUUCCCAGGAACAAACAACAGCAAAGUGCCUUCUUAGCCUCAGGAUGAAGUCAGUCACUCAGAUAUUUCAAAUGACUGAACUGAUUUAUUUCAGCUGAUGGAAGGAAUCAAGUUUGUCCACCUGGUAAAGUCAGAGUUUUUAGCAUCACAAAGGUGACUCUCUUAACCCUUUGAGCACCAAAGUCUCAAAAUUGCGACAUUGCUGAACAUAACAAGCCAUAGCUGCAAAUAUGGUGCCUCAUGUAGUUACU